CAUCACCCUCUCCCCGGGAGAGAAGAAUUCUUGAAUUUUGGCAGGGGGUUUGUGACGGACUGAAAGCCGGAGCUUGGUACGAGAGCUAUGAUGGGUUGUUUCCUUUUGGGAUCAGGCCUCACCCCGAUUGGUCCUUGUUCAUAAAGCCAAUGCACCACGAGCAAAAGUCGUGCCUACUGGAUGACUACAGCCCAUCCCUGAUGUCCCUGGAGCACCGCCGGGCUCUGGAGCCGACGCGAAAAGCCUUGGCCAGCUGGCUCAAGUACUCGGAUAGUGGAUUCUUUCACAUCUCCGGCAAGCCUCGCUCCGGGAAAACGAAGAUGAUUGAUUAUAUUGCCUACUCGGAGGUCGCCCGCAAGCACCUAAAGACGUGGUGCAAGACCAAGCGCCUGACGCAGACGAAUAUUUUCUUCCGGAGGAUGGGCGACAGGCGGGAGACAUCAUGUGAGUCGAACCUGCAAGGAAUGCUUCGGGUCAUCCUCUGGUCCCUGAUUAACGACAAGCAAGAGCUGACCCCGCGCCUUUUUCCACGGCAGUACGAUUCCUAUCCGCGUGACUUCGAUGAAGACCCCUGUGUGAUUGAUGAUGAAGAGGUGCUUCUCGCCUGGGAUAGGCUUGCGAAGCUAGACGACAUCUACACGGACGACAAGUUUGUGCUAUACCUGGAUGGUCUGAACCACUUCAAGCAAGGCUUUCCCAGGAUGCUGGAUCACCUUAAGCAGUGGGUGUUGGCCCGGCCGCUCGACGUCAAGAUCUGCAUCUCAAGCCGCGGAGAGGUGGAAUUUCAGGAUAGUCUGAAGUCCUAUCCCGGUAUCAUCAUGCAUGAGGUGAGCCAGGCGGAUAUGUUAUGGUACAUCCGAUGGGCACUGUUGCACGAUGACGAGGAUUACGCAGCCCGAUAUGUCAGAAAUACAUCGCCCCUGGAAAGGGAAGAACUGGAACAACAUUUCCUGACCAAGGUCAAUGGUUCGUUCUUUCUCCUUUGGAGUCUGAUAGGGCGUAUUAAGCUUACCUUUAAGGAUAUGACUUCUCGAGAUGCGAUCAAAGGAUUCGUUGAUGACUGGAUGCAACAGUACGAGCAAGGUACUCUUAACGAUCAUGUUGACCAACAGCUGCUACGAGAGAGCUACCGAGAUGAUCCGCCAAAGUUGCCCCAGGUCUGA